AUGAAGGUCUUUUCUUCAACAUGUACAUUCGACUAUUCGUGGGAGGAAGUUUCAACUGCAAACUGGCGCAAAUAUUGCCCUUGGAAUGACAAGUCUCCUCACGUCGUGGCAGUAGAUACCUUAUCCAGAACUGUUGAUUCGGCUACUGGCAUUUUGCGUACAGAACGCCUUAUAACCUGCAACCAGUCCGUACCACAAUGGGUUCUCUCACUUUUUGGAGGCAGCGCUACUUCGCAUGUUUACGAGAUCUCAUAUGUUGAUCCAAAUUUGAAGAAAGUCACAAUGUGCUCCACUAAUCUUACGUGGUCCAAUGUUCUAAGCGUUCGAGAGACAGUUAUAUAUCAGCCGUCUUCAGCGGAACCAGCAUUUACUACGAGCUUCAAUCAAGAGGCGAAGAUCACUGCGCUAUGCGGUGGUUGGCAGAAGAUUAAGAACAAGGUUGAAGAGGCGAGUGUAGAGAGAUUCAGCCAAAAUGCCAAGAGGGGCAGGGAGGGGUUUGAAGCUGUUCUCCAAAUGAGUCGACGAGUUUUUGGUGAGCAGCGUGAACAUGAACAAAAGCUACAGCAUUGA